AUGAAGACUAACUUGCUCCUUAUACCUACGAAGAAGACUGAUGAUGUCAAUUGGACGAAGCCUCUCAACAAUUACCUCCUAUCGAUUUACGGCAACACCUCGGAAUUUCAACAGGAUAUAACGAGUUUCAACAAGCUCAGACAAGAUAUACAAGGCGUCAACGCAGAUUCAACAGGGAUUUCUUUAUACUUCAAAUACUUUAGUCAGUUGGAGCUCUUAGAUUUACGAAUUUCCUUCCCCACAGUCAACAAGCACAGGAAGCUAACGUUUACUUGGUACGACGCUUUUCUGCCCGCAGCACAACACAAGCAGUAUGCGUUACCAUUUGAAAAAGCUGGGGUUCUUUUUAAUCUUGCAUCAUUAAUGCUGAAGGCUGCCAGUUUGAAGUACACGGAAUCACAAAGACUGGGGUCAUCAGGCGAGAGUGCAUUCAAAGAGGCAGUUCAGCUUCUUCAACAAGCAGCCGGUAUCUUUCAAUUUGUUGGGGAGAGCUUCCUACAUGCUCCUUCAAAUGACCUCAAUCCAGCUACUAUCAUGUUUUUGAAGAAUCUUUGCUUAGCUCAGAGUCAAGAGAUCUUCAAUUUGAAGGUCAUUGAUGGGGACGUAGAACAGAAGAAGAACUUGCUCAUUUCAAAAAUCUGUCGGGGCACAGCAAACCACUACGAACGCUGCUUCAGUAGUUGCAGCCAUUUAUUAAACGCCGAUACCUCAAUUUCGGAUCAGUCUACAUUUGCUAUAGUGGAAGCAGGCUUGGACGAAGAUGAUGAAUUGGAAGAUAUUGACAAUGAUCCAACUGAUGAGUACAACCCAGAUAAACAGGGCCUUCCUGACCUGCGGGUCACAGCACGUCUUGACUCCUCUUGGGUUGCUGUCAUACAAGUCAAAUCUAUGUACUAUCUUUCCUUGUCAUACUUCUUCACCGGCCUCCACUUGGAGAGCUCUCACAAGUAUGGCGAUGCAAUUGCCUACCUAUCUAAGUCAUUGGAGCUCAUAAACGAUAUACCCCUGCUGAAUGUGAAGAAGGUAUCGAAAGGUGGCAGGGAAGAUGUAUAUGAUCUCUUGGACAACCUCAAAUACCACAAAGAUGCAUUGGAAAUCAAGCUCAAAGAGCUUAACAAGGAUAACGAUCUUGUGUAUCAUGAGAUUGUACCGUCUUUAGUAACGUUAGUGGAACCAAAACCUCUUGACAGCUCCAAGCUUAUUUCAAUUAAAGAAAUUGAUCUAUUUGCCAAAGUUAAUGAGCACAGCUAUGAAAACUUCUUAAAGAAUGUUGUGCCCAUGGACAUACAUGAGCUUUUGAGUUACUACUCCGAGGAAAAAUCCCAAUUCUUGAGAAACGAGCUUGAUGAGGUUGACGUAUCCAACGAGGAGUUGUCAUCUGUGUUGGAGUACCUCAAGCUACCGAAAGCCUUGACUCAAAUAAAGGAAAUUCUCCAAAGCAACGAGCUCAUUAGUUCAGGCGGCUCGGAUAUAUCUGUUGAUGCAACUUUACUUGCCAAAGUGAAUGAAAUCGCACAAAAGUUUCAUACGGAUUCCACCAAUAGAGCGAGAAUAUCCGAGCUCAGAGGUAAGAUUUUAUCUGUGGUGAAUGAGUGUGACGGAAUGUUGAAAGCGCUGAUCACAGAAAGGUCAGGGCAAUUUAGAGAGGAUUUAAUACGACUCAAGAAGUCAUUAUACGACACCGCAAACUCAGAUGCGAAAUUGUUUGCUUUAAUUGAUGAAGACAAGAGUCUGCUACAUGCAAUUCUCGGCAAGGGCCCCGAGUCAACAGAAUUCAAGAGUCUUUUUGACGUACCCCACAACGCAAUUCAAAAUCAACCAUCUGAGGAGAUCAGCUUGCUUGAUAUGGACGACUCACAGAUAAAGAACAUGAGUUAUGAUGGGCAAAUCGCGUCACUUGAGAACAUUUUGAAUGAUUUGAAUGUUUUGAAGAGUAACAAAAAUAAACUUGUUGAGCGGUUAAAGCAAGAGAUACACAACGAUGAUAUUUCCGAAAUCUUAAUGCUCAAUAGCAGAGUCAAACUGAAGAACGAAAUCAAAUCUGUGAUUUUCCCAGAGGAGCUUAAGAGAUUCAAUGUUUUCUCCGAGCAAUUGGAUGACUUGAUCAAGAGGCAAUCUGUGUUGGUUAAUGAUCUCAGAGAGCAGUGGACAAUACUUAGCUCCAAUCCGAAAGUGAAGGAGGUGCAAAUGUCAAAGAAAUUUCGGGACGGUGUGUUUAAACAACAGACGCAGAGGAUCAACGAUUUCUAUGACAAUUGCUGGAAGAGAUACUCCUUGGGUUUGGAGAAAGGUGCCGAGUACUACCUGCAAUUGCUCAAGUUAGCCGAGAAUCUUAAAAGAGCGAUUGAGAAUGAUAAAGCUAGCUCAUUGUCUGGCUCAAUGUCCAGCAUGAGUCUUGGCUCUCACCCAACAGUUGAAUCGAAUAGAGGUUAUUCGCCAAAUCCUUCAGCUCCGCCUACUUUUUCUCAAUACACCCCAUACGCUCAAGGAUCACAAAAGGAAGGAAUGUACCAGACUUUCAACCAACCACCUUUACAGCCCAUGAUGUCAGACACUCAUGGAGCACCAUCAGUGCAACGCCAAGGGACGGGUUCUAGUAGCUUGUCUUCCUAUUCAAGACCGGCGCCUGCGCUUCCACCGAAGAGACCUACCCAACCCAGUAUGGAGAUGCAUAAUCAGGUUCAGGCUCUGCUGCUCUUCGAAGGUGCACCUCAACAACCCAAGGCUCAGUCAUCUAGCGGAUUGAUCUACGACGAGCCUUCAACUUACCAACCAGAUAUGUACAACUUCUUCAAAAAGUAG